GGUAUCAUGCAGAGGAGAACCACAACAUCUCACUGGAAUGGAUGUUCCCCACCAGCACGGACCCCUCCCCCAACGCCCUUCAUGUCUCCUGUGAGAUGGAAGCUGAUGAGAAACGAGUCCUGUUUCAUCUACAUAACGGUGUUGAGUACAAAAAGCAUGAGCGCUUUGCAGGACGAGUCCAGUGGGACAAAGACGUCCUCAGAGAAGGACGACUCAGACUUCACAUCUCCAGACUCCAGACUAAUGACUCGGGGCAGUACAGGUGUGAAGUGUCCUCAGGUAAUGAGAGGAACUCUAAGGAAUGUCACCUCAAUGUCACUGCAGGGUCAUUUGUAGUGAAUGUGACACAGAGCUCGUAUCAUGCAGAGGAGAACCACAACAUCUCACUGGAAUGGAUGUUCCCCACCAGCACGGACCCCUCCCCCAACGCCCUUCAAGUCUCCUGUGAGAUGUUAGCUCCUGAGAGACCUUUAGUUCUGUUUAAUCUACAUGAAGGUGUCGAGGUCCCAGAGAUUCGAGAUGAACGCUUUGCAGGACGAGUCCAGUGGGACAAAGACGUCCUCAGAGAAGGACGACUCAGACUUCACAUCUCCAGACUCCAGAUUAAUGACUCGGGGCGGUACGGAUGUCUAGUGGACACAAGUUAUGGGAGGAACUAUAAGGAAUGUCACCUCAAUGUCACUGCUGCUAACGAGCCCGACCCAGUGACAUUAGAGCCAGCACCGACCACUCAGGUUUAUUAA